CACGAUGACAUCUCCAACGUGUAUCUUCUAUCUGACAUGUUUGUUCUGGGGGGAAAUGGUUCAGGCGAUCGAUCAGAAUUUCUCCUCAUCUGUUCAUCAAGUAAAUAGAUUUCUAUCAGGUCAAACUGGGGGAAACUUGACGUUGCUAUGUUUCCAUGACGACGUUGUAGCAGUAACAUUUUACUGGUAUAAACAGACUCUGGGAGAGAAACCGAGGCACAUGUCUACCUCCUACAAGUACGGCGCAAAAAGAACUUUUCAUGCUGAAUUCAAGAAUCCACGCUUCACAUUGGAUGUUGGAACAAUUAAAAAUCACUUGAGGAUAACAGAUCUGCAAAUUUCUGACUCAGCGACUUACUACUGCGCAAGUAGCUCUUCAUACAAGUUUGAUUUCAUGGAGGGCAUUGUUGUCAGUGUAAAGGGUUCAGGUUUGAACGUCCCAGUUCUGGUCCAUCAGUCAGCAUCUGAGACCAUCCAGCCAGGAGGCUCUGUGACUCUGAACUGUACAGUUCACACUGGGACCUGUGAUGGGCAACACAGUGUGUACUGGUUCAAAGACUCUGAAGAGUCUCAUCCAGGACUCAUUUACACCCACGGAGGAAGGAACGAUCAAUGUGAGAGGAAACCCAGCACACAAACACACACCUGUUCCUACAACCUGCCGAUGACUCUGUCUGAUGCUGGGACCUACUACUGUGCUGUUGCCUCGUGUGGACGCGUGCUGUUUGGAGACGGGACCAAGCUGGACUUUGAGGAUGAGCUGCACUCUGUUCUCUGGGUGACUCUCUUAAGUGGAGCUUUGACGUUCACCACCAUCCUGAGUGUCUUACUGGCUCUCUCAGUGUGCAUGAUGAACAAGGGGAACAGCUGCCAGAGCACAGAGUUUAACGCAAGAUGUCCAGCUCCCUCCACAGCAAAUGCAAUGGGUCACCAACCAAAAGAAAUCCUGUAUCAUGCGGCUUUAAGUGUCCACCUGCAGAACGGAUCAAGAAGACAGAAGGAUCAGACCUGGAGUGAAUGUGUGUACUACAGCGUGAAGCAGUAGAACUGGACGCACUACAUUUGUACUUUUGAGCUAAAAGGGGUUUUCUUUUUUAAAGUGUAAUGGAGAUGUAUAUCUCAGUUGGAAAUAAGCAGAUUGUAUAUCUUCUUUUGCAGUCAAUAUUACAUGUUUCUAUGCUUCGCUCGUGUGCAUAUUUAGGAUACUCAUUUGUUGUCACUCAAGUCACUCAAACGCUUCUAGCUUCAAGAUCAGCUUGUACCUUUUGUGUUCAUCCUCGUUGUUGUUUCCUAUAACCAACUCACAUGAGGGUUUUUGUUUGUGAAA